AUGACGCUUUCCACCAGUGAAAGAGCGACGCAGUGCCUAACUGCCCCUUUGAACAAGGAAUUGCUUCUGCAAGCCCGGACCGGCCACGGAGACUUUGCAUCAUAUGAUGAACGGGUCAACCACGCCGACGCUACACUCACGAGUAGCUGCGGCCGGCGCAAAUCCCCAGGACAUGUCUUCUACUGCAGAAAGGUACGGGGGAAGAGAUCCGCGCCUCCCUGGUUCGGCCAACGCCUACACAUUGACGAUACCAUAGGUGCCGGUUGGCUUGAGUACGCGAAGCUUGCCCGGGAGCCCUCGUUUUUCAGCGAAUCUAAUCCUCCAGAGUCGUCAGUCGUACAACGGCUGGCGGCCAAGUAUGCGCAGAACGGGAUGGGAGUUUUUGAGAGCAAGAAUCAAAUGCCCCGUCCACAGAGCUGCCUUGGAUGA